GUCAGUAUCGAUCAUAAGACAAGUUAUUUGCUCCUGUGACCAGAAGCUUGAUUGGCAACGUUUCUUUCGUCGCUGUGAUUUCAUUUGUAAAUUAUGCAGUGUUUGCUUCUAUCAACGAGGAAAGGGAGAUGUCGACGCUUGGCAAUCAAAGUAUAAAUCAGUCACCAAAUUCCUGAAUACACUCCGAGUAUACAACGACUCAAAUCUGUUCCAUCAAGACAGUUAUAAUGUUUUCCAAGAAAAUCACAGCUUUAGCUCUCGUUUCGGCCGUAAAGGCCCAUGGCACAGUCUCUGGAAUCGUCGCCGAUGGGAUUUACUACGAUGGAUACAAUCCAAGCUAUCAAUAUACCUCACCCGCCCCCGUAACCGUCGGCUGGCUGAUACCUAAAGAUCUCGACAAUGGAUUCAUCUCUCCGGCUGCCUACACGACUUCCGAUAUCAUCUGCCACGUCGACGCAGCACCAGCCCAGAUCGAGGCUCCUGUUAAAGCAGGUGGAAAGGUUGAACUUCAAUGGACACCAUGGCCCGUAUCUCAUAAAGGUCCAGUCAUUGAUUACCUAGCCAAUUGCAAUGGACCAUGCGAGACUGUCGACAAAACAAAACUGCAAUGGUUCAAGAUCGAUCAAGUUGGAUUGAUCAGUCCAACGGCAGAGACCAGUGGAUUGUGGGGCACUGAUGUAUUGAUUGCCAACAAUAAUAGCUGGACUGUCACAAUACCCUCAGAUAUUGCAACUGGCAACUAUGUUCUCCGCCACGAGAUCAUUGCUCUCCAUUCCGCUAGCUCUGUGAAUGGCGCCCAAAAUUAUCCACAGUGUGUCAAUCUUGCAAUCAAGGGUACUGGUACAGCAAAACCAGCUGGUGUAUCUGCGACUAGCUUUUAUACUCCAACCGAUCCGGGUAUACAAUUCAGUCUUUAUGGCACACUUACGAGUUAUACUAUUCCUGGCCCUGCUCUCUACAGUGGUGCGAUCUCAGUUACACAAACUCUACCUGCUGCACCAACCGCGAGCGCGACUGGUGUUUAUACUGUUUCGUGAUGGGUUGGAAGGCAUAGGUGUUGAGCUUUGAGAGAGGAGGGAGAGAGGUGAUGGUGAGGAAGAUAUUGGAAAUUGAUGUUGACAUGGUGGUACUGGGGAUAUGUCGUAUGUUAUGGUGAACGAUUGGCUUUAUGUAGCAAAGAACGAAAGACAUUCCCAAUAUCCAAUGCAAUUUUGAGCUUCAAGGUCCA